AUGCCAACGCCGGACUAUGCUUGCAAGGUUAUCAAUCUGAGCAACGGAUACUACAGGGAAAACAAGAGCUGGUUAAUCGGACGCCUGAUGCGCGACAAUGAGGCUUUCAUGACGAAAAGGCUGAAAGGCAAGCAUGAGAAAAGCAGAGCCUUGCGAAUCGCCAUAUACGACCCAUCGUCGCACAUCCCCAAAAACAUUAUCAGGCCAGUUCACCUGACUGUGGCUCUUCUUCAACUCGCAAUUGCUGUUAUCCCCUUGGUCCUACACGGGGACUGGAGUUCUCUAUUGGUUACGACAGCUGGCACCGUGCUAGCCACGACCAUGGGAUUGCUCCCUCAAUGGAAAGCCGAGAAAUUCCCAACAACACUGGAAUCCGACAAAACGAUUGCCAUAACUGCCGGCAACGGGUCGAAGGACAUCAUUAUUGUGCGAGGAACCGGUUCAGGGAUGGACCUUGAGCGUCUUGCUGCGGCUGAAGGUCCUCGUGGAACGCGUCCGUGGGAGCGUUGGGGUAUCUUCAAACACAGUGAUAAGACCAGCACACGAGUCAUAACCUUCAGUGGUCUUCCAGUGGACUUCUGGCUUACUCGCAUCAUUUGCGCUUUCCUCGCACUUUGCUGGCUGGGCUUAUUAAUCUUGGUCGCCGGCAUUCAAUCGAAUACUUGGUAUCUGCUCGUCAUCGGCGCCAUGGGCAUGUUCCAGAAUGCUUUCGUUGCCGGCGUCAGCAUCAAUCCUGAAGGACAACCAAUAUCACUCCUGUUCAAGGAGGUGAUCUACGGCUACAAGGCCAUGGAUGCGCUAAUGGAUCUCGAAGUGAAGCUCGAGAAUGAUGAGGAGAGUAACACUGUUCGCCGAUUUGAUCUCAUCAAGCCUUUGUUGAAAGACUUCUUUCCCGGCGAACUGACGGGAGACGAGAUGAAGUGGUGGCAAGGUGACAGGCAUGAUUACGACGAGAUGCGAAUGAGAGAAGUCGAAAGACGAGGCUCCCCACGAAGUCGUUGGGACUUUGAAAAACCGCGCCCACUGACGCCAGACUCCAUGAGUACAGAUGAGGGGCUUCAUAGCGUCUCGAAAUAUCCACCGACCGAUAUGGACAGUAGAAUAGCCAGUUCAGUAUCGGAGCAAGUCAUGAGAAGUACUGAAAGACGUGACAGAAGCUACGAGGAAACAGACCCAGAUGACAUGAUCUAUCAAGUUUCACCCGGGUUAGCAUGA